ACUUCCUUUCCGGGACAAGGCGGUCCCGUCGGCGGUGGACAGGUAGGUUCGUGUUCCUGCGGCGUUCUGGGCCCGUGGCCUCGGUCCCAGUGAGCCAGGCAUGAAGAUCACGAGGCAGAAACACGCCAAGAAGCAUCUCGGCUUCUUCCGCAAUAACUUCGGAGUCCGUGAGCCCUACCAGAUUCUGCUGGACGGCACUUUCUGUCAGGCGGCACUGAGGGGCCGCAUUCAGCUGCGCGAGCAGCUGCCCCGCUAUCUCAUGGGGGAGACGCAGCUGUGCACCACCAGGUGUGUAUUAAAAGAGUUAGAAACAUUGGGGAAGGAAUUAUAUGGGGCAAAACUGAUUGCACAAAAAUGCCAAGUUCGAAAUUGUCCCCAUUUCAAGGAUGCAGUGAGUGGAUCAGAAUGUCUGCUUUCCAUGGUUGAAGAUGGAAAUCCUCAUCAUUAUUUUGUGGCAACACAGGAUCAGAAUUUGUCUGUGAAAGUAAAGAAAAAACCUGGAAUUCCUCUGAUGUUUAUUAUUCAGAACACUAUGGUCUUGGACAGACCUUCACCCAAAACAAUUGCUUUUGUUAAAGCAGUAGAGUCAGGUCAGCUUGUCUCAGUGCAUGAGAAACAAAGUAUCAAGCAACUCAAAGAAGAGCAGGGUUUAGUGAAAAACCCUGAACAGGGAAGAAGAAAAAAGCGCAAGAAAAUAAGUGGCCCCAAUCCUCUUAGCUGUUUGAAGAAAAAGAAAAAAGCACAGGACACAAAAUCUGCCUCUGAAAAGAAAAAAAAGAGGAAAAGAAUCCGGAACAGAUCUACUCCAAAAGUACUUUCUGAAAAGCAGAAAGCAGAAGGAUAAUCCUUAGACAUCUUAAAAGACAUUAAACUUUGAAAAGUAAAUUUCUCUUUAAAACUGUGGAAGUACUCUGUGAUGAAAGACUAUUAUUUGGUAAAUGAAUAUUGACCCAUAAGACUUAGCCUAAAAUAUUGUUAAAAAAAAAACAGGAGUGGAUGAAUUUAGGUGUGAUCCUAGUUCUCUUACUCAGUGAUUGAAGGUCGUUUUUCAGUGUAAAACUGUUGUCUCUUUCUGUGUCAACACCCUUCUGCCAAAUAUUAUAUGCAGUGAGUUUUAAAAAAUCAAAUAAUACUAAAAGGCUUGUGACAAAAAAGAGUCCCACUUUCACAUUCACAGAGGAAACUUUCCACUCAUGUAGUGGUUGUAGAAUUCACCUUCAUUAUUUCCAAAUAAUGUGAAUAUGCUGCUACUUUUUGAUUCAUCCAUUAUUCAUUGACUUAGUACUACAAAGAAUGGAUAUUUUGCUUAUAUAUAUUACCCUCCCAUUUUUCUAAUAUAUUAAUAUUUCAAUCUU